AUGCUUUCGCACUCCAGCUCCUCAGUUUUCACCCAUGCUGAUACUGCCCCACGAAAUAUCAUGGUGGAUGAAAAUUAUCAAAUUACUGGGCUGCUCGACUGGGAAUAUGCUGGGUGGUAUCCUGACUAUCGGGAAUAUGCGCAAAUCAUGAGACCCACCUGUCAAACAGGUGAUUGGCAGUCGUGGAUGGAUGCUACUGCACCACAGAAAUGGGAUAUCAGCGGCAUUGCUGCCGCUCGACGGAUUUUGUUCUAG